AUGAAGAAAAAUGCUGAUGUCUUUGUCAUUUUAUUUAGUGCAGUUGGAAUGUGGCUCUCAUCGUUUCCGAAGUGUUCACAGUCAGUUAGGGUUACUAAAGACAGCUCAUCCUUCGAUGCUCUCUUUAGCUCUGAGUCAAAUGUAUAUGAUUUUGCAAAUGGCUCUUAUGGAGUUGACAUUGCACCGUCUAGUUCUUUGACUGGGGUACUCGUGUAUGCUAAUUGGGAUGCUGAUUCAAAUAACGUAAAAUCAACUUUUGAAGCAGUCCGAAACAUUGUACCACAUAAUAUCUUCGCAGUUAAUUGUGGCUUAUCGUCAUCAAUGUGUGCACGAACCCGGAGAGUACGGUCUUUCCCUCAACUGAACGUUCAUACUUCUCCAACAGUCACGUUUCAAUAUUCGGGCCCAUUUACCGUCAGACAUUUAUUAAAGUUAUUUCAUCUUACUAGCACCCCGCUCAAAGCUGUCAACAAGCUGAGUGAUUUACUUUUCCUGUUACUGAAUCACAAGGAAACUUCAACUUACACAGCCCUCAGGACAUGUCUGACUUUAGCCACUUCUAUCAAACGUCAGCCUCAACCAGCGAUAACGAAACACCACUUCAAAUGA